CGGCUCUGAUUGGGUGGCUUCGUCUCUCAGUUCGUAUAGUUUUUUCACUUCAAAACUAAACUCAAAAACCAGUAGGACGAAACUUUCUUCUCUCUCUCUCUCUCUCUCUCUCUACACAACAAAACGAACAUGCCGAACCACCACCUCCACGCGCCUCUCCGGCCAUCCCAAACGCCGUCGUCUUCUUCUCAAUCGUUCACAGCGAAGCUCCUUCUCCUCCUAACAAUCCUUCCUCUCAGUCUCGCUGCCUUGGCCUUCGUCCUCCAAUGGCGUGGCGGUGUCACCGAUCCCACCACCCGGUGGGCCCCGCCUGGUUCCAACCAGUUGUUCCCCGGAAUGGAGACCUCUCCCGUCUCCGCCGUCUCCCAUUCUUCCUCCUCUGACUGCAUCAAUCUCGGCCGUAGCUCAUCGCCUUCAUUUCCGUACUACCAUGAUUGGAAGUUCGAUUACGGGUCCAAUCUCAGACCAAAGAUAUGUAUUACAACAAGUACGUCAGCUGGCUUGGAGCAGAUCCUACCUUGGAUGUUUUAUCAUAAGGUUAUUGGUGUGUCAACCUUUUUUCUUUUCGUUGAAGGGAAGGCUGCGUCUCCUAAUGUAACUAAAGUUCUGGAGUCUAUACCUGGUGUAAAAGUGAUAUACAGAACAAAAGAGCUGGAGGAACAGCAGGCGAAAAGCCGGAUUUGGAACGAGACAUGGCUGUCAAGUUUCUUUUACAAACCUUGCAAUUAUGAGCUAUUUGUGAAGCAAUCUCUCAACAUGGAGAUGGCUAUUGUCAUGGCAAGGGAUGCUGGCAUGGACUGGAUAAUUCAUCUUGACACUGAUGAGUUAAUACACCCAGCUGGUGCUCGGGAGUAUUCUUUGAGGCAGUUGCUGCUUGAUGUGCCUGGGAAUGUAGACAUGGUUAUUUUUCCAAACUAUGAAAGCAGUGUUGAACGGGAUGAUAUUAAGGAACCUUUUACUGAGGUUUCAAUGUUCAAGAGAAAUUAUGAUCAUCUCCCAAAGGAUACAUACUUUGGCAUGUACAAAGAAUCAACUCGUGGUAACCCUAAUUACUUUUUGACUUAUGGAAAUGGGAAAUCAGCUGCUCGAAUUCAAGAUCAUCUACGUCCUAAUGGUGCCCAUAGAUGGCACAAUUAUAUGAAAAGCCCAAAUGAGAUCAAAUUAGAAGAGGCUGCUGUUCUGCACUACACAUACGCCAAAUUCUCAGACUUGACAUCUAGACGUGAUCGUUGUGGCUGCAAGCCUACGAGGGAAGAUGUCAAAAGAUGCUUUAUGCUGGAAUUUGAUAGAUCUGCAUUCAUAAUUGCAUCAACUGCAACUGAGGAGGAGAUGAUGAAUUGGUACCGAGAGCAUAUUGUAUGGGGUGACAAAGAACUGAAAAUGAAAUUGUUAAGAAAAGGCAUUUUGACUCGCAUAUACGCUCCCAUGGCCAUAAUACAAGGUCUAAGGGAGUCUGAUGUUUUCAGCUCGGUUAUAGCAUCUGCUCCAUCAGCUCUUUCAAAGGAGAAAUUUUUCUUAUCCAUUGAUAGUAGUAACUCAUCAAGAGCUGUUGCCUCUGAAUCCCUCCCCUCAAGGAAAUUAGGCAGAAACAGGAAUCAGGCUACCGGCAGGAAGGUCUUAGAUGCUGAAAUCGAUUCAUUUCAAGAAGCAGCCAUUCCACCAUUGUCACCUCCGGGAAGGGAUGAUGACCACUCCAUUGGAGAAGCACAAUGAAAACUCAGCAUGGUUGCUGCUUCUUCUUAUUCUCCUUCCUGCAUAAAUGGUUUACUCGAUGUUAUCCAAUGAAUUUUUUGAAGGGAAGAAUCUGCAGAGAAAAGAAAGAGCAAGCAGGCUUGUCGUGGGAUUUCAUUUUCGUUUGGUUCUUCCCGAUCAUUAUCCAAGCGGUAGUGUAAAAUUUAGUCACACAGAGCGAGAGAGAGAUAGAGAUACUGAUCAAGCCCCUCCAUAUGGGGUUUGUUUAGAAAUCUCGGUGUCUGUUUAUUGUGUAUAGAAACCACAGUAUCAAGUGGAAGAGAGCUAUUUUACCCUGUAAAAAUAUUGAUUUAUAUUUUCGUUAUCAUUACUAUAUAAAAUUUGAUAAGCCAGAGAAAAUAUGUGAUUGAACUCUUCAUUGACAAGAA